AAAAACUCUCCCACGGAGACAUUCACACAACUAUGUUAAACCCACCAACAAAAAUUUCAGAACAACCUCUCAUUCAGGUUUUCAUACCCAUAGGCCAUAGCUAUCAAUCAAUCAUCAAAUUCCUCCAAAUCCCAUAAAAAACCAUAACCCCCCAAUAACUCCUUAACACAAAAGAAAGCAAUUCUUUCACCAAUGGAUUACUCCUCUUAUGACUACAACCAAUACCAACAUCAACAACAACAAGAAGCUUCUUCCUAUGACCCAUCUCAAAUUCAACCAACCUAUGAUCACUCAUCCCAAUCCUACUAUUCCUACACUCACCAAUAUGACCAAAACUACCAAUAUUACCAAUCCCAUGAUUACAACAACAACAACACCACCACCACCAAUUCAUAUGCCCAACAGUCCCAAUCAGCAGAACCCACGAGUUCCAUUCACCCUCCAGGGGUCCCACCAGAUCAGACACCCCAUUUGCAGAACCAGCAGAAUGAGUAUUACCCACCACAAUCACAAUCACAAGGGUCUUUGGAGAAUCAGCAGCAGCUGAAUCCGGCCGCCGCCACAGCUGCCAUCGCCGCUUUAUCACAGUUCACCGGGAACCCUCCGAUUGGGCAAUCUCCAUAUAGAGGUGGAGGUAGAAGGGGUGGUAGGCCCUUCAGAGGGGGUGGUCGGGGCCAUUUUCGUGGUAGGGGACGUGGCCAGGGUGGUGGCAGGCACUUUCCACCACAUGGUGCUGCAAUAACUACAGCUACUGCAUCUGCACCAGUUGAAGGUGGAGCUGCUAUAAUGCCACCACCUUCAGCAUCAGUUUCUGGGCAGGCGCAAUUACCUGUAGCAGCACAAGUGCCUGGUGCUCCAUUCUGGCCACCUCCCCGAAUGGCAUGGUGUGAACUUUGUAGGGUUGACUGCAACACUCUGGAAAUCCUAGAGCAGCAUAAGAAUGGUAAGCGACAUAAAAAGAAUUUGCAAGUACAUGAGGAGUUGCAGAAACUCAACAAAGUCAUAACCGGACAGCAGAAUGUGCAAAUGCCCAAUUCUGAAUUGAAACAAGAAACUGUUCAGCAGGAAAAAGUUGAGGAAUUUGAAAACCAAACCCCUUCAGAAAAUCUAAACUCUGAAACUGUUUCUGAUGACAAUAUAAAGGAAACUGAGCAGCAGAAAGAGGCAGUAGGGAAUUCUGAAGUUUUAGCUGUUGAACCUGAGGGUAAGCCUCAGGAUCACUUUGCAGCUCGAGGUCGUGGAUUGAAGCGAAAGAUGAGAGGGGGCCGAGGGGGUAAGUAUAUGAGAACUUAUGAAGGAUCAAGAAGGCCGGUUGAGCCCCCCAAACCAAAACAGGUGGUUCCUUUAAUAUGCGAGUUGUGCAAUGUCAAGUGUGACUCACAGAUUGUUUUUAAUAGUCAUUUGACUGGUAAAAAGCACCAGGGAAAUCUAAAGCGGUUUCAUGGCCACCGUGCCUUGUAUGGAGAAGCAGGACUUCAAGCACUUUACCCACCUAACUUUAACGCUCCAUCAGAGCUUCAAGUAGUAUACCAACCUAACGUCAAUUCUCCAUCAACUUCCUUAACUCCUCAAGUUCAACCAGGUGUUAAUGACCCCCAAAUCCUUUUGGCCCAGCUGUUGAUGUCUUAUGUUCUCUCUCAAGCCCAAGCACCAGGAAUGAUUCCUGCAGCAGGCACAUUGGCUUCAGUGCCAAUACCAGCAGCAGCAGCAUCACAAUCAAUUCUUGAAACUGAGAAUCAACAAGGCUCAGAGAGUCAAGGGUCAAGAGAUGUACCUGAAGCUGGGACCCAAAAAGCUGGUAUGACCGAAGUCAAAGUUCAGCUGCAACAUGUCAUAACAGAGUCUGAAGCCCCAGCAACUGUUAGUACCGACACCAAAACCAAGGAUGGAAAUUCAGAGUCUGUAAAGGAGGCAAGUCUACCCUCAGAUAUCUCAGUCACGGCAACAUUAGAUAAUCCAACAGUGUUGGCUGAGCAAUUUGUAUCUGCAACAGUGACCAAUGGAGUUGCACCCAUUCCAGUUAGUGAAGCUGCCCCCUAGGAUAAAGUUGUGAUGUGGAAACCAAAAUGCAUAUGUAGGAGCAGAGUCCAAAAAUAUAGAAACACAACUAAUAAGAUAAUUUUCUUUUUGUCCCCCCAGAAAAAGAAGAAAAAGAAAUCCAACAGUAAUAAAGGAAUAUUUUCUUGAGGUUCGCACUGUGAUAUGUUAAAACUCCUGUCUUCUUAUUGUGAACAUCUGUAAAAUAAUCUCUGCUGAUUACAUUAUUUUCAGAAGUUUCCAUUAAUCUAUUUUUUGUUUAAAGUUCA